AGAGCAACCUGCCUUCCGCCAUCCACAAUCAGCAACGCAGGCUUCCUUCCCAACAGCUGGUAGGUGCCUUUGCCACGCACUGAUAAUUUGUGGUCGCGUCCCCUCUGUUUGGCUAUUGACAAUUGAAAUCCACCUAAACCACGUACACCCCUCGCAAUGGAAGAUCCCUGGGCGGAUUCGGCGGGCACCUCGUCGCAACAGACCGCCGACGAUGGUACCACGGCCGCUUCCACCAGUGGCCCUGCGCAAACUACAGCCGCCACCGCUCCGACAUCCUCCACCCGUUCGUCGCGCGUCACCCCACGUCGCCUCGUCGCCCAGCCCACCCGACUCCAAGCAGUCGAAGACGACCCGCUCGGUCCCCUCGGCGCAUCAACCACUCCCGCCGUCGCAGGCGACGAUGACAUCCUCUCUCCCUCAGCAGUGGGCGGCAGCAAAGAUGGUGGCCCGCCCGUGCCGCCGCUCAAGGAGACCUCCCUCUCCGUGCGCACCACCAUGCCCGGGUCAGCGUCCGCCGCGGCUGCUGCGAAGCGCCGCGGCGGCCCGCCUGAUCCGCAUCGCAUCGACGACGACGAUGAAGAGUUUUUGAUAGGAGCCGGGCAGAGAUCCGGAGGAGGAGGAGGAGUAGGAGUAGGGGGACGACACCCGCCUCCCGUGCAGGCCGCCCUGCCCAGCCCCGUGCGCAGCGCCACGCACCCCAGCGUCAGCGUUGAGCAGGCGGCGAGGCCGAGCUUCCAGAUCACGGUGGGCGAUCCGCAUAAGGUUGGGGAUUUGACGAGUAGUCAUAUUGUUUACUCCGUUCGGACCAAGACUACGUCGAAGGCGUACAAGCAGACCGAGUUUGAGGUCAAGAGGCGGUAUCGCGACUUCCUGUGGCUGUAUAACACCCUUCACGCCAACAACCCUGGCGUGGUGGUGCCACCGCCGCCCGAGAAGCAGGCCGUCGGGCGGUUUGAGAGCAAUUUUGUGGAGUCGAGACGGGCGGCACUCGAGAAGAUGCUCAACAAGAUUGCGGCACACCCGACGCUGCAGUUGGAUGGGGACCUGAAGCUGUUUCUGGAGAGCGAAGCGUUCAAUGUCGACGUCAAGCACAAGGAGCGCAAGGAGCCGAGUCUCGGCGAGAGCAAGAGUGUGCUGGGCUCGCUGGGGUUCAAUGUGGGAAGUGGGAAUAAGUUUGUUGAGCAAGACGAUUGGUUCCACGACCGCAGGGUGUAUCUCGACGCGCUGGAGAACCAGCUCAAGGCGCUGCUCAAAGCCAUGGACAGCAUGGUCGCCCAGAGAAAGGCCAUGGCCGAGGCAGCCGACGAUUUCUCUGCUUCACUCCACGCGCUCUCAACCGUCGAGCUAUCACCGACCCUUUCCGGACCACUCGACGCUCUCUCCGAGCUGCAGCUCACCAUCCGCGACAUCUACGAUCGCCAAGCACAACAAGACGUGCUCACCUUUGGCAUCAUCAUCGAGGAGUACAUCCGUCUGAUUGGCAGCGUCAAGCAAGCGUUUGCGCAGCGCCAAAAGGCCUUCCACAGCUGGCACGCGGCCGAGUCGGAGCUCACCAAGCGCAAGACUGCGCAGGACAAGCUGCUGCGGCAGGGCAAGAGCCAGCAGGACCGGCUCAACCAGGUCAAUGCCGAGGUGGCAGAUGCCGAGCGCAAAGUGCACCAAGCCCGGCUGCUGUUCGAGGAAAUGGGCCGGCUAAUGAGGUCUGAGCUGGACCGGUUCGAGAGGGAGAAGGUGGAGGAUUUCAAGUCGGGAGUGGAGACGUUCUUGGAGAGCGCGGUAGAAGCGCAGAAGGAGUUGAUUGAGAAAUGGGAGACAUUCCUCAUGCAGCUCGACGCAGAGGACGACGAGACCGUCUUCUACCGGCCUCCCGUUGCUCACACCAACAAACCUGCGGGCGACACGGCAGUCGACCGGGCUCGCGCUAGGAUUCAUGAGGAUUCGGAUUAGGCGGCUGUGGACAGACCGUCGUUGGCCUGUUCUCUGGUAGAUGGCACGCAGGCGGUGCGAACUGACCGAGCUAUGCAGGGAGGCAUGAGGUAAGGGAAUAAAGCGUUAGAUGGACCAUACAAUGUUCGUUCAGACGGCGUAAAUACUUUCUUAGGGGGUUUUGUUGUCAUUGUAUUAUACACAGCCAUGUUCCGCAUGUCGCGGCAGCUCUCUUCUGGCUUAUCGAUCCGCGCACCUGCCAGAAAGACAGGCUUGCGGCUCUUCAGAAUGCAAGAUUGAUUUUCUAUGUUAC